AUGUCAAUCAUUAAUAAAUCAAGUAUUCCUGAACGAUCCCAUUCACCAUCAAGAUCAUUAAUUGAAAAAAGUAAUGAUGAUUUUCAAGAACGUAUUGCUUUUUUUCAACAAAUUCAAAUAAAAUCACAAUAUCAUCAACAAAAUAAUUUAAAAAAACCUAAUAUUAAUAUACCAAAAUCUCCAUCAACACCUAGUUCAUUAAAUAAUCGAACAGCAGCAAGUAUAUUUGAACUUAAACAACAACGUUUAGUAGCAGCAGCUGAUAGAAAAAAACGUAUUAUUACACGUAUUAUAAGUAUUGUUGGACUUCUAAUAAUUCUUUUAUGUGCUGGAAUUGUUACACUUACAUUAAAAAUGGCACCAAAAAUUGAUGAACUUGUACGUACUAGAACAGGCAAAAAUAAUUUAUUCUAUCAGAUAUCUCGAAUGAGUACAUCAUUCAAAACAACAACGACAACAACAACAACAACAACAACAAUCAUAUCAAAUAAUUUCACAAUAAAUAGUACUUCAAUAUUUAAAUUUCCUUUUCGUUCUCGAUAA